AUGGAAGCCACCAUUGCUUGUGACCCGUAUCUUCGGCUGCAGGUAAUGGCGGAUGCCUUUAGCUAUAUUGAUUCCACGGUUCGUAACACCAUAUGCACUACAACUUGCUCCCAAUCGCUAUCCAACUAUCAUGCUGCGGUCCAGAAGGCGUGCGCCGGGAGUGCGCAGCCCUGGGCAGAUACGCCAGCAACCCUGUAUGGGGACCAGCUCUGGGCGCAAUACAACGUGUCCUGUUUCAAAGACUCGAAGGGAAAUUAUUGCCAAAAUGUUCUCGCGAACCUCACGCUUCCGGCCGAUGACGCCUCUAUGGCCAGCCUCCCGAAGAGCGUGUUGUGUUCGGAAUGCGUACUCCUUCUGGGUCGAUUGAUCCAAUCCACUCCAUUCAGCAAUUACAGUCCGCGAAUGGCCAAGGAAUGGGCUGCCAUUCAAGCGACCUGCGGCGUAUCCUAUCCGACCGCAGUCCAGCCUGUGACCGGCAACCGGACAGACUUACCCGGAUACGCGCCCCCGGGUUAUGCGACGGCCCAAUGCUUGACCGGGAAGACAUAUACCGUGGUCUCGGGCGAUGACUGCGGGAAAAUUGCCUCAAACCAGGGUGUCCCUCGGGGGUCACUGAUGUCUAUGAAUAACAUUCUCCCGGAUUGUUCCGAUCUCCAAAUUGGACAGAAACUCUGUAUCCCAAAUACCUGCCAGCUGUACACAAUCAAGUCGGGGGAUACUUGCAUGCAGAUUACCAAUGCAUCAAGUAUCACACUGUCCCAGCUUCGCGCUUGGAACCCAUUCAUUAAUGCUGAUUGCAGCAACCUCAUUGCGGGAGAUCAGAUCUGUGUUAGCCAGCCAGGCGCUGUCUGGACGGGCACAGCCAUCCCUAGCGCCACAGUCACCAAGACUGGCAUUUAUGCUACAGCAACUGUCGCUCCGCCAGGGCCCGUGGCCUUUGGCACAACUCCAAAAUGUGGCAAGUAUUAUAAAGUCAACGAGGGGGAUUACUGCCAGCUCAUUGCUCUCAACUUCACUAUAACCGUUUCCCUAUUCGAAGCCAUCAACCCGCAAAUUAACGCGGGAUGCUCAAACCUCAACCCUGGGCUAUAUUACUGCGUUCUUCCCACAGCAGACUGGAACCAGACUACAACCACGACCACAUCAAGCUAUCAGACCGCACCGGCACCCACGCCCAGUGGGACUACCGCAAAUUGCUACGAGUGGUAUGUGAUACAAUCGGGCGACUAUUGCGCCAAGAUCGAAUCGGUGUAUGGGAUUACUAUGGCGCAGUUGCAGCAGUGGAAUCCCGAUCUCAAGGCUGACUGCUCGAACCUCCAGCUGAAUGAUGCCUACUGCGUACAUGGAGAUCCUGGUGGUACCACUGCUGGCAAGAUGGCUGUCCGAGUUCGAGCGUUUCCCACGUCGCCAUAA